AUGUCUGAUACAUUCCAACAAACUAACAUUAGUAAUCAAACGACAAAUAAUGAAAACAAAAAGGACGAGGUAAUAAAGUUUAAUUACCAACAUAGUGGAAGGGGAUCGUCAUCAGAUAUAACAGAAAACAAGAUUGUGGUAUUGGACUACAUGACUGCAGGUAGGCAAAUUAAUCUGAAUCUUAAUAAUUCAUUUGAUAAUUUAAAGAAUGAAACAAUAGUUUUGUACAAAUUGAAUAUUUCUUAUGAAGAUAUUGUUAAAACGUUUAAAGAAAAGCUUUUGUCGAAAACUGUAGACGAUAAAUACAUCAUAAGCGAUAAAGACGCUAUUAAUUUGGAUAAAAUGAUAGGAUUGGCGUGUAUUGCUAUGAGUGAAUCUGAAAAAAAUAACAAAGAAUUAAGGACCAGAAACACAAUUUUACAGAAUAAAUAUGAAAAUUAUAACUGUGUAGUUAAAGAAUGCAAUAGGCUAAAAUCUGAAAUGGAUAAAAUAAUAACUCAUCUUUGUUUAGCAUUAGGUCGUAGAUUCAAUGACAAGGAAGAUAUUAUGCAUUUGAUCAAUAUUUGCGCUGCGUUAGUUGCGCGUGAAAAUGAAUAUCAUUACAUAUUAACGGAAAGCGAAAAGUUGAAAAAUAUUUUUUAUAAACAACUAAUGAACAUACGCGUGAAAACGUUAAAUAAUUAUGAUGAAAUACUUAACAGUGUAGAUAAAUUAAAAGAAGAACUGCAUAUUAAAGAUCUAAAAAUAUCACAGUUGAAAGACGAGAUAUAUUCAAUGAACGAAGAAAAAAAUAUACAAUUACAUUUAUUACGUGAAAAUUUGUCAGAGUUUCCUAAAGAAUUAAUUGAUGAAAACUACGAUGGCACAUUUGAUAAUCUGCAAAAUAAUAACGAAUUGUACGAAGGCAAAAUGUUGAUCACCGAACAAAUCAACCAAAUCCAAGGAUCUAGUGACUUAAAAUCCGAAAAUCAUCAAUUGAAUGACUUAAUCAAUAUGCUUGUGAGAUUAACAGCCGAUAAAGAAGAACAUUUAAAAACAAUAAAUAGACGUUUAAUAAGAAAUUUUGAAGACAAAAAUCAACAACUAACAAAAGAAAUUGACGAUCACAAACAAUGGCAAAAACAUUUGGAAAACGAGAACGAAAAACUAAAUCAUGAAAUCGAAGACUUAAGACAUGUCCAUAAAAUGUUAAUUGGAAAAGAAAACGAACAUAAAACCCUCAAAGAAGAUUAUUCGAAAAUGCAAUUAAUGUACGACAAGCUAAAUAAAGAUGCCACACACUUAUUAACGUUGCUCGACGACUACCGACAACGAUUGACUAACAGGGAAAUUAAAUGUCUCGAUGGCAAUAACCUAAUUAAAACGCUUCAAUCAAAUUUAUUAGAGCAGACGAAUAAAUACGAAUUUGCAAAUGCAAUGUACAACAAAGAAAAAGAAAAAUGUCAGAGAAACGAAACUUACACACAACAAAUGAUUGACGAUUUUACUAGCCAGCUCCACGAAAAAGACAUCAACAUUGCAUUGGUACGAAAUGAAUGUAAUGGUUUGAAACAUCAAAUUGAAUCAUCAGAAGCUGAUGUCGAAAAUUUAAAACACAAGACAAUUACCUUAGAGUAUAUGUUGACCGAGAAAAAUAAUACCAUACAAAACAUGUUAAAAGCCCAAAAAAAACAGCAGCACAGAGCAACUUCACGGUCGUCUUUAUUGUUAUCCGAUAAUCAAUUGCACAUUCACAGCCAAUUGGAGCAGCAAAUGGACAUACUCUUAGACAAUAUAUGUAACUGGCAAAAUAUAAUAGUCGGUUACGAAAAAGUAUUGUACAACAUGCAAAACGUCGUCCAGCAACAGUCCAAGAAAAGAAACUAUUUGACAUCCAAAUACCAAUAUCUUAAAGACAUUGAAUACAAAGCAACGUUGACAGAACAUUUAACCAAAGAAAAAGAAGUUAUUCUAUCCCAACACCAAAAUGAGAUGGACGAUGUAAAAGAGAAAUACAAUUCUAAGAUCGCACACAUGUCAGACACAGAGAAUGAACUAAGAAAUGAAAUUCGAGACUUAAAGGCAAGUUUAAAAUUGAAAAGUGCACACAUAAUGAUAGCCGAACAACUAGCAAGCACACAAUUAAAAGAAUCUCUUACCACUAUUCAACAGUUAACCGAAAUCUCUAAUAAUCAAUCAUUGCAAUUAAUGAACAUACAAAAUAGAACACCCAAAAAGUGCUGCGAUACGCAUUUAAUGAAUACCACUAACAAACGAUUCCAGCAAAUGGAGGGUUUGGUUGAUUAUAUGCUGAAACUGAAAUCAGAGAAUAAAUUGAUGAAAAAACUUUGUGAAAUUCGCAAUGAAAAAUUGCGAUUAUUUGAUAACUGUCACUGCAUAUGUACAAGGACGACAACAAUAAUGAGAAUGAAAUAAUUAUUACUUUUGAACUGCUUUAUAUUACUAUUUAAAUUACUUUAAACCAUUAAGUGGAAUAUUAUUCAACUUCAAUUAAUUAAUUUUGUGAUUUUCUGUUUUA